UUUGAAGAGAGGUGUAAUUCGUUGCUUGAUUUAAAAAAUAUAUAUAUUACACGGGAGUCAAAAAGUCUAUGGGUGAAUCUUGGCGAGUCAUUUGCCUUUGGUGUCUUGCUGUUGUCUCAACAUGAGAAGCAAAGAUGUAUCAAUGCCAGUAAAGGCCAUCAUGGGCUGGAAAAAAUAAUUACAAAUUGAAUAAAUUGAUUAGACAACCGAAACAUUAGGUGAAUGAACUUUUACUGGAACUUCUCGCGAUCUAAAGCAUAACACUUCGUUUGUUAAUGGGUCACAACAGAGAUGAGUUAAACCUAUUCAACGUUUGGGAGUAAUAACCAGCAUAAGCGAAUUUGCUGACAACACCGGGUACGAGGUAAUAAAGCCCUGUGUUACAAUGGGAGGUAGAGGUGGGUGUGUGUGUAUGCGUGCGCGCGCAGGUGGUGUGCUAUGGUUAGGGGUGUUGUACAGUAAUUUCCGCUUUUGAAAUAGGCGAAAGAUAUAUUAAGCCCUCCUACACUGACUGAACAGUGCUACACAUUUUUUUCUUGUCAAAGCGACAAUGUGGGCGAUCUUGUUUCAGGCGUUGUUUUUGAACGGCUGCUACGUAGUCGGCGAGUAGACAUCCGCUGGGGACUGAUGAGAAACGCGUGUGGACGAUUCUUUUUCUGUUGUAAAUUGAACACAUCAAAGGCACAUUAUAUUAAGCAAAAAAUCUAAUUUAAGCUUACUCAUAAAUCGGAGAAUAAGUGUGACGGAAGAUGCUCACAGAUAAGAUUGAGGUGGAAGAAUUCGAAAUCAAGGAGGACGAACCUUGGUAUGACAAACAGGAUCUAGAGCAUGACCUCCAUCUGGCGGCUGAGCUGGGAAAGAGCCUGCUGGAUAGGAACAGAGAGCUGGAGCAAGGUCUGCAGCAGAUGUACUCUACCAAUCAGGAGCAGAUACAGGAGAUAGAGUACCUGAAUAAGCAGGUGGACCACCUGAGGCAGGUGAAUGACCAGCACGCUAAAUUGUACGAGCAGCUAGACCAGUCGUCCAGAGAGCUGGAGCAGAGCAACACCCGCCUCGUACAAGACAACAGGGCUGCCCAGCACAAGAUCCAGGGGCUUACAGAGGUGAUUGAGUCUCUACAGACCCAGGUGGAAGAUCUUCAACAUCAGGUAGAGGAUCUCAAGACCACCCCUGCUAAUCCCAAUAAGAAGCCCCUUACAGAGUCAUGGCGGCCCUCUGGGACGCAGAGUGUGUCCUGCCUGAACGAGCUGCAACUUAGACAGAGGUACCUGAGUUACGAGUCUGGUGACCAAUCGAAUGAUCCCUGGUCUCCAUCUGACAUCUCAUGGCAGGAGGAGGAGCUGGAGUCUCUACAGCGAUCCCUCCGCUCCCUACAGACCCAGCUGGCCAAUGAACGUGCUCGGAGGGAGGGGGCGGAGCGAAAUGCAGACCUGCUAGCCAAUGAAAAUGAGGCACUGGAGCAACGUCUGGGAAUGAUGGAGGGGUGCCAGGCCAGACUAGCUGAGCUCGAGUGUGAGGCUGAGGAGCUUCGUCAGCUAUGGAGAGCAGACUACACCACCAAAGCUUCAAGGUCAAGGGUCAACCUGAACAUGCUGCCCAAUGCCCUAUACUUUCCCCUGGACCAGGAGAGGUUGAUGGCAGAAGAGGGAGAUGGCGUGGGAGACCUGAUGGAGGUAGGCUGCCCCUCCGAAGUUAAAGCAUGUGGCGUUCUGAAGCGAUGCAACAGCGAGAAGCAGCUCCAGUCGCCGCCAGGUGAAGGGUCAGAUGGAGACCGGGCCGGGGACCACAGUCACCUGUGUGUCGGUCGUGCAGCGGCGGCGAAGCGUCGUGGGAUUUCAUUGCUCAACGAGGUGGACGCUCAGUACAGCGCCCUGCAGCUGAAAUAUGAUGCGCUGCUCCGGCGAUGCCGUCAGGAGGAGCCAGACCAAAGCCAGCAGCAGAGCCACAAGGAGGUGCAGACAUCUAGUGGUGCCCCCUCGGUCUGCCCACAAAGCUCAGCCCUCCACCGGGGUGUCGGCACAGACCAGGUGUCCCUGGAGGAUGAACUUCACCAGCCUGAGUACAAGGCCUUAUUCAGAGAGAUCUUUACUCGCAUCCAGAAAUCCAAAGAGGACCUGAGUGACAACAGGGAAAAGCUUUGACACUUGGGGUAAUAUUCGUUUUUCUGUCUGGUAGAAGUGAAGAUGACUAGCCUUUUUUGAGAGGAGUCUUCCUUAACUAUGGACAUACAUUACGAGCACCUAUUGAGAGGUAAGAUACCAGCUCUUAUGCACAGAAACAACAGUGCCUAAAAUUCUCUUAAUUGUACAGAAUUCUGCCUCAGUAGCCCAUCUAUACUUGAGCCAGUUGACCUACAACAGAAUCUAUGGCGAAACUAUGACAAACUAAGGACCUCAUUAACCUUUUUCAAUGGAUCUAUGCACUGUUAAAUCAAGAUGCAUAUUCCUUUAAAGUCCCCAUGCAAUGUUUAGCUUUGAUUAUGAUUUAAUAAAUCACUGUUUUAUUGUAACUCCUAAAGACAUAUUUUCUAUAAUUUAUUUUACUGAGCUUCCUUUAGGCCUUGAAUUGGUCAGUAUGAUUUUUUGAUUGGCUGAUGGCAUAGUUUCUAAACCCUACAUUACCCAACAGUGAUUGGUCUAUUACAGUCAGUCAAUUUUGUGACUUAUCGCAGUUGACUAAAUGUCACAGGAUGACAUUCCAGGUAUUAUUUAUUUAUUUUUUACGAAAAAGGCAUUAUAAUAAUUGAGAAUUUCAGCAUUAUUUAGCCAUAUAGUGUGGAAAUAUAAUCCCAAAAUAGGAAAAUCCUCCUUGUUGAAUGCACUGGGGCUUUAAUAUGACUGCCUGAGAUUGGCAGUGAAAAUGGGGAAACUUGUACAAUCUUUGUGUGCCUAGACAUGCCACUGUUUCCUAAUCUUUGUAAUAUGUUUCCUUGCAAGUGGAUGUGUGAAGGCAAUGUGUGAAGUGAAAACAGUAGAGAUUGCUUUCGCAUUUGUUCAAUGCAACCACGCAAUAAUCAAUUAUUAUUCAGCUGCAGCUAGGAAAUGUGUAAAUAUGUGGCCUCUUGGUAGAAAGAAAUUUCAGUAUUUCUCACCAGAGCAAAGACUUGUUAAUUUUGGUGCUAAUGUAAAGUCAAAAUACUGUAAUUUCUACAGAACAAAAUGAGUACAAAAACAUAUUUCGCUAGUGUACUGCAUGUCCUCAAAGGUUAAAAACGAAAGUAAUUGUAUGGGAAUUGUAUGUUCAUUAAGUAUUAUAGUUAGUAGCUACUAGCUAGUGAUCUGCCUAUACCAGAACUCCGCUAUGUAUUAGUGAUAAUCUGAGUCUAUACCAGAACUCUGCCAUAUACUAAUGAUAGUCUUCUGAGGCUGUACUAGUACUCAGCUAUGCACUAGCAGUUAUCUACUGAGGUUAUAACUCAGCUAUGUACUGCAGGCUGCCGUGGUAUUUAUGUGUAAUAUGAAUAGAAUGACAAUGUAGAGAUUUCAUUAAGUGCUGUUCUAAAUCUUUGUUAGAAACUGUUUGGUUAAUAGUUUUAGUUGCCUUACUCAAUGUAUGCUUUCUGCUGGUGAUGGCAACAUCCUUAGUUCACAUCACUGUAAAAUCAAAUUGUAUUGAGAUGCACUUUAGACUGGCACAGGGAUUGUCAUUCUUUUGUCACUUUAUGUAGGUUGCAAAUGUACUGUGUAAGAAUUGCUAUUAGCUGUCCCUAUUAAUAGUAUUUGUAAUAAAUGCAAGCUCUGACAGUA